AUGCAGAUUAAGAUGAACUCUGUCCUCGCAGCCACCAUCCUGGCCUUCACCGGCACUGAUGGUGUUCACGCCGCCCCCUACAAGCUGUCGGCUCAGGACGGUGCUGUCUGCAACGACAUCAAUCUUGCCAACCACACCCGCUGCGAGCCCUUCCUCUCAGCCAACGGCACCGCUGUCCCCAUCAUCAUCAACGACGCUCUUGGCUCCAAGCCUCCUAUCACCUCAGACACUGCCAAGCAUACCAUCUACGUCAAUCAGGAGAACAGCACCACCCACUGUUUGAUUGACGAGGCCCGGAAGCCCCUGGCUGGUAACCCCUGGGACCUCCCAAAGCUUGCAGACGCCAACGAUUGCAUGGUCAUUCACGACUGGGCUGGCUCCAAGCCUGGCUACUUCGCCAUCCCCAAGUCUGUCCUUGACGCCAGCCACAACGUCUUCCUCGCCAAGUCUGGCACUUGCGCUAUUGGUCUCUACCCAAAGACCUACAACAACAGCGACAUGUCUGUUGGCAGUGCCGAUCUGGCCAAGGCCAUCAACCUUGCCAUCAGGUACGAGUACGAGGCUGGACAUGUCGAGGCCAUCGAUGAUGCUCAGUGCGACGUCACCAACGACGAGCAUGACAAGAAGGACUACAUCAUUUGGUAUCUUUCCCCACCUGAGAGGUUCUAG